AUGAUGAGUGAACGUAAAACCGAUCUACGGUCGCAGAUGAAGAUUUCUGCCAAUCAAAAUCCGCCCAAUGAAGACGACCUGGUGGAUUUGAUACGAAUACAUAUGGCAUUUGUGGAACUGCGGAACUACCGGCUAGCCAAUCGAGUACGGGGUAAGGAUGAGUCGGAAUGGUACGGCAUCUUCAACCGAGGCAUCAAAAAUUUCUUGGAGCUGGCGAAAGAAAAAGCCCUCGCACGUAUUUCACUUAGCUGUCAGUUGGAUGUACCGAUCUGCACAUCUUCCAACGACAUGCGCCACUCAAGCAGUCACAUCGACGUUUGUCACAUCGUCGAGCAGAUGACGGUCUGUUGGGAUCGUAUUGACGUCAGCGAGCUCACCUUGAAAAUCGACUACACAAAAGAUCUUGUCGAUAUUCUCUGUGACAUUGUCCUCACUUACACGAAAAAGAUCUUUUCAAAUCUCGAGGCUGAAGGGUUUUCCGGUGAACUGCAAGUGUUUGUACCAUCUCCCUUACUGCAAUUGCUAUGUUCGGCCAUAAACAACUGUGAGCAAGUGAGGCGAAGCCUAAUGAUUCACGAAAAACUUCAUUUGGACGAUUUGGCUAUCGCAUACGAAAGAGCUGGACAUGGGGCUCCCACGUGGAAAACGGCGGUUGAGCAACGUCUGGAGCAGACCGAUGCUGCAAUCUGUGCUGAGAUUGACCGAGUUGUCGACUUGCUCACAGCACGAUUGAAACCUCAAAUGAAGAAACAUGUGUUCCAUCUGGCAUGGAGUCCAACGGCGCAUCCGGUCGAGGAUUCAUUGAAACCGCUCACUGACAUGAUUGACAUCGAACUCUCAGCUGUACAUAAGAAUCUUUUACAUAAGAAUUUUUUGCGAGUUAUGUCAGCCCAAGUCGGUAUUGUUGUGCAUCUUCUGAGGGAAUGUGUCGAUGAAAACCCUGGGAUGGAACCAGCCUUCUACCAUCGGCUGUUUGAAGCGUGGCAUGUUCUUGUCGAUUUCUUCCAUGCAGGUGGUAAAGGCCUUUCAAUGGAAGUACUGGAGACGUGUCCAGAGCAUGUGGCACUGGUUAAAUUGCUGUCACUAAAUCAGACGUCAACGCAACAACUUAUUGAAAAAUAUUACAAGGAUCUGCUCAAACAACAAGUAAGUUUUUACGGGUUUUGUUUGAUUCAUUUUAUCGUUUUCCUUCUCGUUUUAGGCUUUGGCCGAACACAGCAUGAACGUGAGUUGGCCUUCUCAUAA